AGUUGAAACAGAAGGGUAGAGCGCAUAAUAUCUCUUGUUCACUCGGAGGGGAUUUUUUCAUCAAGGGUUUCCUAGUUCAGAUUUUCCGCAAUGGGUGACGAUGAACAGAAGUUCGGCGAUAAGGAGACAGACGUUCCGUCCCCUGAGACUGCGAAGAGAAGCUGUAGAGACCUUUUAUGCUUGAUAGUCUUCUUGCUGGCCUGGGCAGUCUGGAUCGUACUGGCGUUGAUGGUGUUCACAGAUGGAUGCCCGAAUCACUGCAACGACCCCAUGAAACUUGUGUAUGGAACAGACUCGAAUGGAUGCAUGUGUGGCAGGAAAUGCACUGACUUGAAUGUGGACAACACUGGAAAGAAGAGACUGUAUCUUCCAGAUCCGCGAGAUCCGUAUUCGCGCUUGUGUCUUGCGACAUGUCCGACUGCGUUUGCCUUCACAAAGGAUGAAGCCGUGAAGCAAGGAACGUAUGUCUGCGCGGGCAACGCCUGCAUGCUUGGAGGUGCAAGUGUGUGGUUUUACAACCAGAACAAGGCUGGGGGCUCAUCAGUGGCUGCUCCUCUAGACAACUGCUUCCUUCCCACCUCAAACUCUACGAACUGCUGGUACCCGUCUUACCCGACGAUAGAUGUCCUGUACAAAUGCAUCCCCAGCUUGCCAGCAAACAUUUCUACUGAUUCGGAAUCGUUACAAGCUGCUGGUUUACCGUCCUCCAUUGGAAGUUUCGGCGAUUCUCUUUCAACCUUACAGAGUCCAGGGG